UUUCACAGAUACUAAAAACGAAAAUUGGAGCGGCAUGUGUCAAAAUGUUAAUAAACGGUGGUCUAACGUUUAUCUUCGCGGCACUUCUUUUUCCCGGUGAAAUUUCGGGAAGGAUGACCAAGGAUGAUGAAACUGAUUACCGUUUACCAAAUCACACAAUACCAUUGCACUAUUCUAUCCAUUUGAUGCCAACUAUCAACAACAUACAGCAAACUUUUUCAUACACCGGUUCCUGCAGUAUCACUCUAUUCAUUCUUUAUUCAACGUGGAACAUAACCUUUCAUCUCAAUAAUAUAAUACAAAUACAGACAGCAGAGAUAGACAAUUACUUCUUUGGAUCUCAUUUGCCGGUUUUUUCGUACGAAGCUGCAAAAAGCACAAUAAUUCUUUAUUUCGUCCAUAAAAUAUCACCUGGGAUUUAUGUUCUGACGAUGAAAUUUACUGGAAUCGCGAAUGAUAACAAUUAUGUCUUCUUUAGAACGCGUUACAAAAACAGAAAAAAUUUUACACAGUUGAUGACUCUGACAAAUUUCCAAAGGAUUGGGGCGCGACAAGUGUUCCCGUGCUGGGAUGAACCAGCAAUGAAAGCAACAUUUAGAAUUACUGUAACCUAUAAUCCUGAGUAUACAAGUUGUUCAAAUAUGCCGAUAAAAUGGACAGUGAACGAAGACGAUGACUGGGCGUGGAAGACAGACUACUUUCACACUACUUUACCAAUAUCCCCGUUUCGCAUUGGAAUAUUAUUCAUCGAAAAUGGUUUCAGGGACAAUAUCAUCAACAAUGUUACAAUACAUUAUAGACGUAAUAAAAAAAUAAUAGAAAAAGAUCUAAAAUUUACAAAAAUGAUUAUUAAAAAAAUCACAAGAUACCUAAAAUCGAAAUGGAAGAUCAUAGAAAUGAUUCCGAAGAUGGAUCAUGCAAUAAUUCCGGGUCUCAUAGACAAUGGCAUACAAAAUUGGGGACUCGUUUGUUACAAUGAAGCAGAUGUUAUCUACAAUCAUACAUUAGACUCCGCUGGUCGCGACAGAGAGGUGGCAUACUUAGCGGCACGACAAGUAGCAAGUCAGUGGUUUAGUAAUCUGGUCAGCCCAUCUUGGUGGGCCGACGAGUGGUUAAAUGAAGGUUUAACUAUGUUCCUUGGCAUGGAUGCUAUCGAUAAGCUUUUUCCGGAUUAUCAAAUAAUGGAUUUAUUCAUAGUCCAGAAUCGUGACUUGCUCAAUUUGGACUUACAUAUGAAGAAAAAGCCUUUUAUGUCAAAAAUCAAUAGUCCCACUGAUAUUAAUUCGCUUUCCCUUUUUCCCUAUUAUCUCAAAGCAUCUGCUUUUUUACGCACGUUGCAACAUAUAAUUACCGAGCAGUUUAGCUCGGCGACUUCUGACGAUUUCUGGAAUGCUAUGCAAACCGCCUUGAAGAAAACACAUCAUGCACACAAAUUCAAUUUUAGAGAAAACUUACUUAAAUGUAUGUGGCACUACACUUGUAUUACGGUGGAGGUGAACCGGGAUUAUGAUACUGGAAGUACAGCCGUAUCAAUUAAAUAUGACAUAUUAAACUGCGAUUUUCACAUCGAUAUAGAAAACAUUAGGAUACCUGUGACUUACACGACUCAAAAUAAUAUCAAUUUUAACAUAACUUCGUCCACGAACAUCAUGUGGGUGAACAAGUACGAAAAAGAGUACCAAUCAUCUUUGCCUUUAACCUUUCAUUCGAAUGAUACGGAUGGUUGGUUAAUACUCAAUUUGCAACAAAUCGAGAAGUCGGUACUACUGGAGCAUUAA